AUGAAACCUGCUGUGAAAGACAGUGCAAAGCCUAUUCAAGCAACAAAGGUGAAAAAAGAAGAGCUUAGCGAUAAGAGGGUCAAAAAAGGGUCGGCAGAGGAGCCUCUGGAGGGGAAAGCCCAGCCUAGCUGUGGCAGGACCUUUUCAGAGCUCUCAGGACCGACCUGCACUGUGGCCGCCAUGAAGCGGAAGGCUCGCCAGUCGAGGGAGGAUGGUGAGAGCAAAUAUCUUGCUGAAGGGCUUUACCAGAGAGGCACGGAUGAGGAUGGAUUCUGCCGGUUCCUCCCUGAGGAUAUCAGGCAGGCAGUGAAUCGGGCAGCCCAGAAGACCUGCUGUGUCUGUGGAAAGAUGGGGGCCACCGUUGCAUGCCAGCAGAAGCGAUGCGCCCGCAAGUUCCACUUCCCCUGCGGGUCCAGACAGGGCUGCGUCUCGCAGUUCUUUGGGGAGUUCAGGUCAUUGUGCUGGGAGCAUCGCCCACAGCAGACAGUGGAGACGCACCAAGACGGGGACACCGUGUGCAUCAUCUGCAUGGAGCCCGUGGAGGACAGGACCUCCUACAGCACCAUGGUGUGUCCCUUCUGCAAGCACGCCUGGUUCCACCGAGGCUGCAUCCAGGGACAUGCUCUCCGUUCUGCUUUGAAGCACUUUGCGUGUCCCUUGUGCAAGGACCGUGAGAAGUUUCUGCCUGAGAUGUGGCGCCUGGGUAUCCGCAUACCUGACAGAAGACUGGCUUGGGAGGAGGAGGAGGAGCAGAACUUGGAAGACCUAUAUGAAACAUACAGCCACUGUGAUGCCAGCCAGUGCCUUUACCGGGGAGGCAGGGAGCAGUCAGAAGAGGAGGGGCUUGCUGAAGGUGCCCUCGGUCCCAUCAUCCAGGUCAUUAAUGAAGAUAUUAAAGAGUAG